GGCCAGGUCGCUCCUGAAAAAGAGCUACAUAGCUCAGUGGGCCUUUCCUGGUAAAAAAAAAAUCGUUUAGUUUCUCAGUUAAGCCAUCACAUCUACGUCUCUCCCUGUGACCUUUUUGCCAGCGAAUUUUCACAUGGCCUCAGAGUGCAGCUCACCUGGCACCCCUGCAAUGGCGAUGUCUUCACUUUGUGGCGAAAAAGCAGCCCUGUCUAGAUUUUACACCAGCCUUAAAUGAGUACGUAGUGCGGUGUGUGAACAUCAACACUGGGAAGACAAAGGCGGCCAGGCGUGGUGCUGGUCAUACCACCCCUUCGUACACCUAAGCAGGCUUAAUAGGUGCUCGGAAACAGCACUUGCGUCAACAGUUUGUAUGGCUACGGGGGGCAUCUUUAGCUUUGUAUUUUGGUAUGUGUGUAUUUUUGUAUAUACGUGUGGGUAUGUGUUUACAUGUGUGCAUAUGCGUGUGUGUACGUCCUGUGGGGGUUUGUUGCCCCACUGUAGCUAUGGAGAAAAGGCCUGUAUUGCAGCCGCUACCACUGUUUGUUUAUUACGUUGUGCAUUCCUUGGCUCCCGUGCAACGUAAAAUACCACAAUAGUAAACAGCACGUGCAAUAACACUGUUCAUAAUACAAUAGCACGUGGUAUUCUUGGUUACAUUAACACAUGCUAUCUACAGUUACAUGAGAACAUGAAAUGCACAGGUAUAUACUAGCAUACGCAUUGCACAAAGACAAAUAUUCCCCGUAUAGCCAUAAUCUUUUGGAGCAAGUGCUGUUACCGAGCACCAUUUAAAGUGCGGCAUGGCACACAAGGGCGUGGGUGGCCAGCACAACGCUCAGCCGCCUUUGUCUUCCUACUAGAAAUGUUUACACAUUCCACGAGGUACUCAUUUGCUCAGGUUGAGUCGGCUUAGGGGAGGCCAAAGGGCUCGUUCAGGUGGUCAUCACUGGUUUUGGCCGUGAGUGGGAAUCGAUUUCGGGUUCUCAUGUUUAUUCGCGCAGCGCGCUAACCACGACACCAACGCACAGGCCACAUUGGCGCUCCCAGUGUACAGAUACAUUGCACACGUAAUGCACGGGUGCAUUAGCACAAACAAUGCACAGUACAGUAACACCUCUGAGCGUGGAAAGAGCCUUGCUGGUCAUGGGGGAUUCCAGAAUAUGGUAAAUAUUUAAAUAAAUAUGCUGCGGUACAUUUUUUUUGCUCAUUUUCUUUUUAUUCAUUUGAACCAAUCUACGUGACUUUACCGAAAGACCCAAAGAAUAUGAAUUGCUGCAGUCACGAAAGCUUCAAGUCAAGAUUUACAUUUGAACUGCAUUUCUUUUUAGUAAAACAAAUCUAAAUUACUUCAAGAUUAACGCUUAUUAACAAUUAACUAAUUUACUAAAUGUUUGCUAUUUAACAUUUACAAUUGAGUAACGAAGCAUCAAGACUGCACAGUUUCAUCUCGAGUCGCCCGCCUCCAUCCCUGUGAAGCUGACGAUGAAUGCCCGCGGUUCAUUGGAUGCAGAAGGGUGAAAUGUUUUUUCAUGUGCUUGAACAACUUGUCUUGCUUAUUUUUUUUUAAAUGUAGACGUAGUGUGGAUCUAUUUUUGCAAAGAGAUACCUGAAAACAAAAAAACAAUAUUGUAUUGUGGAAAAAGUGUACAGGAAGAGCCAAUGCUGCAUUGCAUUUAUGUCAGUACAACGCGUGGUCCUUAAGCAAAUUACAGCCUUCUGUCAAUCCACUGCUGAAUGAAGGUCUCCCGAAGCCACGUUGGUCAAUGGGGCUGUUUGAUCAUAGUUCACCGUACCUGUCGGUGGGUAUAGGUGAAGGGAAGGUAUCCAGGACCGGUUCAGAUAUCGCUGUCCAAUGAUGGUGGCUGUCGCCCGGAAUUGGACUGUUAGGUCGACGGGUUCAUAGCACAGUACGUAUGUAUGUUGAACUUCUUUCGCACCCUACGUAGCCAACCCCAUGCUAGAUGUAGGUAUUUGAAAAAUGCAUCGUCUUCCUUCACACCGUAUGUAGAACUGCUUUUUGUGAUUAGUUUGUCCUUCCCCCGCAUCUCCGAUUAGUACGGUUGGCUACGUAUGGUGUGAAAGACGUUCUACAUACACACAUAUGUAGCCAACCGUGCAAAUCCAACCCCAUAAUAGUUGUAGGUAUUCCCAAAAUGCAUCGUCUUACCAUGGGUGCCGAUGUCUCUUCUAAAUGCAUCACAGUGCCCGGUAUGGACCUGUGGAUUCUAAUGUGGAUUGGUGGGAGAAAACGGAAGUAGGUGAGGGUUGAUGCCUUGCAAUGGGUGUCUAUUUGUUGUUUUAACAUCUUAAUACCUUUGUUAUUGUCAGAAAGGGUAAAAGCCUGUCCUUUAUUUUUCAUCAGUCAGGGUUUUAUCACACCCAGCCACUCAGCCACUGGCUCCGCAUUUUAAUCAAACCUUGAUAUUCAACCUUUCACGGCCCAAAAGCCAUGCGUGAGAGCUUGCACGACGCCUCCUCAAUUAUUUCACCAAAGUUGUGCCAUGAAAUGUAUAAUUUUGUAAAUUGAUAAACCGCCCCCCACUCCCCCUCUAAUCCGUAGGUCGUAUCCUGUUGUGCAUUUUGGGUCACACAGCACUGAAUGGCUCCGGUGUCGUGUUGCAAAUUGCGGCAAUCAAGAGCGGUCUUGGCAACUUGGCUCCCAUAGCGCCAGCUUGCACGCGGUACCGCCGUCCCUGUGCCAGACUGCCUGUGACUAAUUGCCCCUGUAAUGUUAGCGGCCGCUUGAUGGCUUCGAUGGGGUCGAUUUGGGGCUCAAUGAGGGCUGCAGACGGAUGUCGGCGAAGCGGCCAGAUGCUGUGCAACAGAGCCGUGCUUGCUCCGACGGCUUCCCAGGUCCAUAGUGAGUCGUGACAAUGUCUUUUUGAAUGUUGAUUCGAUUCAAGUAAAGCAAUACCCUUUGGGGAAUUCAAUACAUUCGUGCUUUAGGUGUGUUUGGGGGUCGCCACGAUGGCGAGAUGUUAACUGCCUCGCCUGGUAUACAGGAGAUUGUGGGUUCGAUCCCAACCCUGACGAUGCCUGUAUAUUUGGAGUUUGCAUGUUCUCCCCGUGGUCACGUGGAUUUUUCUCCAGGUCCAUUGGGUUUUUUCUCCACAUUAAGAGAAACAUGCGUUUUUUUUAGUAUUUGGCCACGUGAUAAAUCACUUUGUUGCAUCAUAAUUUAUGGCCCAGUCGCUUACAAAAUAGAGAUAUAUAGCUCAGUGGGCCUUACUUGGCAAAAUAAAAAAAAGUUGAAUUUAGGUUAUGGUUUGGAUUAAAUUAUUGCCCAAUUAGAUGAGUUUAUAUCACUUAUAGGUAAAUGUGGCACCCUUUGAGACUUUACGUUAAAGGCGUUUAUCAAUUAAGUUUUGUGAUCGUGUUUUAGUGGUGAUUAUUUGAUCAUUAACACGCUAAUCUCUCACAUUAACAUAGCCACCUUGGCGCACUCGCCGUGAAGGAUGCUCAGCGAUCUUGCAUUGACAUGCUAAUUUUUGCCUGGCAGCCCUUUGAUUGGUGGAAAGCCCACCACCACCGCCGCGGUCGCUGCCCAUCACUUAUAUUGGCUGCUGACAUUUGGGCUAUGCCCAUUUCAAACCUUUAGAAGCAGUUUGUCUUUAGACGCUAACUCCCCUUUUCCUGAUGACGACCGCUUGUGUUGCGAUCGAAACAUCGUAGUUUUUUGUUAUUUUCUUUGAACCUAUCUACGUGAAUUUACCGAAAGACCCAAAGAAUAUGAUAAUUUGAUAAUCGGAGAGAGUGGUGGCACAUUGAUUAGUGCACUGCACUGUGAACCCGGCGUACAUCAGUGCCGCCGAGUGAUAUAUGCACCGGUCCUGACAACUCCACAUCGGCAACCCACACUGACUACUCAAGAUAUUACUUCCCUAAUGUGUGGUCAAGCAAGCCAUGAAGGUAUGAAUGACAAAAGGCCUGUAAAUGAAUAUGAUAAUGUGAAUGACCUAGGUAAAGCUAGUUCAUUGUCAAUUUGUACGUUUCCUGCGCCUGGUGAGAUGCUGCCGUUGCGUGACGCUUUGCACACUGGGCUUCCAGAAGUUGCCGGUUCAACUUCGCAAGUUUAUUAAAUCUGAAAUCCCCUCUGCCUCUUGUCCACACAACAGUAUACAUGUUUACACCACAAUUUGCCGAUCGCCUGUGGUGGGGUACAGUGUGGAGAGGGGGGGGGGGGCUACUAAGACUUUUUCCAAGACGUCUGGCCAUCGUGGAAGAGUAGGCAAAUCACCCUCUACUAGAGGUCCUAUCUGCCAGCAGUGGCGUAAGCAAUUGCUUACCACCUCUCUCUCGAGGCGCUUCCUCCAGUGGAGGCCCCUCUGCCUCCUGCCCUCACCGGGUGUGAGUAAGCUCCACAGCAAGGGUUGUACCUUGCCUCUACGCAGGUCUAUUCUGAUAUUCGGCUAGCCCUAGUAGUGGGCCAGAUGGCGUCGGCGUUGUCUGUGCUAUCUCGGCGCUCACGUCCCCGCCCAUUGGCACCGACGGACGAGGGUGUUUCUCCGUUGCUAAACAACGCGUCGGGCUUUCGUGAGUACGUGAAAGAUAACACGACCCGCGUGUGCCACCAAUCAAGCCCUGUCCCUCCCCUCUCCUCAUUAUAGUGGAGUAGGAGGGGGGAGACCAAGCAAAGAUGCCCUUUCAAAUAAUCAGCUUGUCAAGGUGAUAGAGUGGGCCACAGGGAUUACAGCCAUCGCAGAGUGUGGACAAAGGGAUAGAGAGGGCAGUUGAGGUAGCUGCCCUCCUCUCGCCAACAUUUUAAUCGUAAGGGCAAGUAACAUCCUGUGCCCCCCCUCCCCAUUAACUUUCAUGGCCCCUCUUGGCUACUCCACAUGGACCCCAAUGGUUAUUUGCAUGCUGUCCCCCCCCCAUUAGCUUCCAUGGGCCCCCUUGGCUUCUUUAAAUGGGUCCCAAUAACUAUUGGGACCCAUUUGUUCCUACACACCUGUCUCAGGGUUUUGAGAACUUAGACGCCGCAUGAUGCUUAAGAGUAAAGUAUUGUCUUGGGUAGCGAGUUGUCAGUUUCAGCUGAAUGCCCAAUGCCUGCAUGAAAUGGCACUCGCAUAUCACCCGCCACUGAUGUUCGCCAUGGCCGAGAAUGGAACUCAGGUCUUUUAGCUCAUCCUGUGGUGCGUUACCCACUGUGCCACCACCCCUGCACCCAAAGCAUCAUAUACACAGACGAAAACCUCACCUCCUGCACAGAUAAGAAGAAGUACUUCUAGAGUGUGAUGUGUCAGUCUGCAUAAACGGUCAGAUGGUGGGGUAGUCUUACCGUCGAUUUGCAAGGUUUGGGUUCCCUUUUUGAGUGGCUUUGCCACGGCCGAUGCUCUACAAUGGAUGCACCCUACACAGCUGGAGCACACGGUCAUCGACAGGCAGAAAUCCAAAAACGUCACAGGAGUAUCCCAGCAACGCCCUGCGGAUUACUUCGCCCGUGUUGCCCGCUAUCACCUAAUUGCAUUUCUGACUGAGCAGCGAUAGCUGUGCGUGGUGUCCUUUCCGUUGUUGUGCAACAACGCUGAGCCGUAACGCAGAGUGUUUGUGAUGAGGCCCUCCUUCCCUGUGACUCACCGUGCCUACCUGCGUGUAACGCAGGCUUCCCUGCCGGCGUUAAUCACAAGUCUAUGUGCCAUCGGCGAACCCGCUUCUGUGUGGUGGCUGAAAUGUUGACGACUGUCCCUGCGUUUUCAGCGAUUUUGACUCCCCGACUCCACCCACCUCUUUCUUGAUUCCGUUCUCAGCAUCUUGUACACAUGCCUCCUGAGUUCACUUGUGAUUUAGUGCAUUGUUUCUUGUAUUUCAUCAUCAUCAUCAGCCAUGGUCAGUCCACUGCUGGAUGAUGGCAUUCCCAAGCUGCCACCACCUCUCACAAUUGUGCGAUUAAAUAUUAUUACAGAAGACGUCUUCAAGCUGAUCCAGUAUGCGUCGUUGCCUGAUGUCUGCGAAGUUUUCAGUCGCGGGAGAAUUGUCACUGUUGGAAGAAGAUUACCGUGCUAUAUUCCCGGUUUUAUACACCUUUAGCAGGCCACACAUUUACACACAGCUCAGCGUCAUCCAGUAUAGAGUAGCUCUUGCAGUGACACAAGUGACUGAGCACAAUCAAAUUAUAAACACGGUGAUAACGCAAAUCAAACGUUUUCCCCACUGAUAUCCGAUUGUUGCGGCUAGGACGCUUAUAGUGAUGGAUAAAUAUCGGUUGUGGGCUGUGCGGGCUGGCGAGCCUCGUGUGUCUUCCAGAGCCAUGAAGAAAUGAAGUCGUAGGCCAUAUGCGCCCCCCACCCUUGCCCUGCCCUUUCGAAUGCGUACAAAACCUUUCCAUACGCACAGACCUCACCUAUAAACCCCAUAAUUCGCCGGACAAAUUGCGGUGCGUGUGAUUGUGCGCCCACGCUCUCUCCCACGUGCGGUGCAACACGAGACGUCCGAGGCAGGAGGCGUGCAUAGCGACCUCACCGACAUAUUACAAGAUUGUGUGUCCGAAAAUUAUUUCCGCGCAUUAAAAUUACAUUUUAAUAAUGCAAAAUGUGCCAUUGUGCGUCGGUAUAAUGCCCUCGUCAGUGGCGUGACGGGCGCAUUGUAUGAAAUUGGCGCUCUCCGCGAGGCCGACACUUUUGACACAAAGCAGAACGCGCGGGACGGGAUUAAUCGGAGCAGAAGCUGGCACCCAGGCGACAAGGUUGCCUUUGACGGCACGGGAGUCGUGCUCGGCGUAUUGCGGUGCUUAUUAUUAUUUAAGUGAGGUUUUAAAUGGGUGGGUGUGGUCGUAGUGCCGUGCGCGUCGCUCACGCACGCUGGGGUAGAUCUGCGUUGAAGCCACGUGUUGAGCAGUUAAGAGCGGACCUGUGCACUGUUGGGACUGUAGACUGAUCAACCGAUGAAUUCGGCUCUUGUAGGACGUAAAGCUCUGUCUAAUUUAGUAUCUCUCUGUGUGGUGCAGUGUGAUGUAUGUUCUGCGUCUACACAUAAUUACAUUUCAGCUUAACCUGCUGGGAUGCAGAAAUGUGAUAUUGAAUAAAAAUAUAACUAAUUUACCCAGGACAAAAAUAAUCUGAUUUUUAUACGACAGAUACGAUAUAAUGUAAUUUCAUCACAAACAUCAGUUGCUUGUCGCUGCAACACGCUAUCCAAGGGAAAAAAUAAAAAAAUAUCAAUUUUAUCUAAAGAUUGCAAUAUCAGUCUGAAAAAUACAUUUUCAACCGAAUACAUUAUUCCACGAUAUCCUCAUUACAGAGUUUAUCAUUUGUUUUCAAUCAUUCGGAGAGACAAUCAUACAAGUUGUAAAAAUGUAAGCAAAGCCCGUUCACAGAGAAAGCUUCACCAUGAUGCACGUGGUCGGUGAAUGCCUCUGAAAGACCAAGCGUCUGUGCGUCUGCAUGCGGAGGGGCGACGUCGCAAGUGCCUUUGCCGCUCAAUUGGCUCCGCACCUCCCGUCAGAACCGUCUGUGAGAAGGGCGACUGAAAACAAACGAUUCCGCGCUCCGGAGCAAGGGGCAUCCCUUGAAGGACAAACGCCUCGAAUAAAUAAAAGGGGACGGCAGCAAGCGAUAAGAAGCAACAACGCAAGAACCAGCGGCUGCCGCUUCGCUAUUGUCCCGAUGAAGAAUAGCGGCCGAGCGUGGCAUCGCAGCUUUGCGGAGGCUUCUUAGCUGCGAAGGGCGUAGACGGAGGAGAGGCGGUGGCGGAGAGAGAGAGAGGAGGCGGCGGCGGCGGCGGCAACGACAAGGGGUAUUUCCCCCGGCGGCGCGCGCGUCAUGCGUGCCCACGCCAUCCCCUGCAGGUGGAUGAUGGUGAUCGGGUGAGUGACGCCUCGGGGCCACGGUAACCCCCGGGUGUCCCGGGCAAGAGCAACGGCAUCGGCAGUUGCCUCCGUUGUGACGCACCCACGCGCGUGCCACGAGCGUCCGGGGACAUUGAAGGAUGCUCCUGGGGUGUGAUGAGCAGCGUCUCUUGCCUGCGGUCCUGCCUGCUCCGCUGCCGGGGGUUGGCACGCGGUGGGGUGGACCAACCGCCCCUGCCAGAGCCGGCUGGGAAUGCCCUGCCCCUCGCCUUCAGCCAGCACAUGCAGCAUGCCAUCUCUGCGUACAACCGCAGCUCCUCGCUGGAAUCCAGCGAAUCGAGCGGGAACACGACGCCCACGGAGCUUGACAAGUCGUGGUCGGCCAUCCACAGCGACACCACCUGCCCGUCCACCGAGCAGUCGUCCCUCUUCUCCUGGGGAGACGACGAGUUUGAGCGGGUGGCGUCGCGCCGAGUGCAGCAGCUGUUCCGCGAGAUUGACGCGCUGCUGUACGAGGGCAUGGGCAGCGCACAGACGCCCGCACUGCAGGGCGAGUGCAUGCAGUGGAAGACACGAUUCUUACAUCUCAGGAUACUGGGCAAGCAGCUGGUAGAGCCCACCGACGAGGGCUAUCAGCUGGUGCCCACGGAAGGGACGGCGGCAGACCGGACGGAGCCCCCCGGCUUCGUCUCCACCGGCCACAACCCCAGCGACAGGGAGCUGUGCCUGCAGGGCAGCCGCCUGGUGCCGCGGGGGACGCUCGCCGGGCCCAGCCGGGGGGGCGCGGUGUCUCCCGCAGCGCAGUCCCAUCGGGACAACGGCAGCGGCAGUGGUGGCGAGGAGGGCGAGGAGGGGGAAGAGGUGGCGCAGGAGGCGGAGGAGGAGGAGGUGAUCUGCAGGGAUGGCACCGUGGAGGAGGUCCUGGCUUUCGACAGCCACGAACCAGAGGAGGACGGUCCUGAGUGGCGGCACGCCGGUGGCAACCGGUGCGGCGCGUGGCGAGCGCGCCGGGGCCUUCCGCCCGUGUCCCCCGCCGCGUGCCUGCGGGACGCCGUGUGUACCGAGCUCUUCGAUCAGCUGUGGGCCGAGGCGCUGGGCUGCCUGCACGCGCUCGACCAGCAGUCGUGGGACGCCGAGGAGAAGGGGCUGACAGGCGUGGAACGUCCGGCCAUGCAGAGGAUCUUGCUGCCGCGGCAGGCAGGCACAGCUGAUAGUCUCUCCAUGCCUCCAUCGCGAGGCUCGGACACACGGAGCUACCUUCCCCAACUGCACCGGACGUCCCUGAGCGGCCGGCCGGGCGACCUGCAUGGCGUCAUGAUGAUCCAGGCGAAGCCCCUGCAGCAGAGGCAUGGGACCGUCAUGGACAAACUCCCGCUUCCAUCGGCGCUGGAGGAGCGCGUGUGGAGCGGCCGCCCGGCCUCCAGCGUGCUCUCGCUGCCGCGCAGCCGCGCCGGCCCACGUCCCGGCGCCGCCGCCGCCGCGGACGACGCCCUGCCGGCCUUCUCUCGCGUCGCGCUCUCCUCGGCCCGCCGGCGCCCGCACCCCGCCGCCGGCCCGAGGCCCGACGCGCGCGCCAAGACGUCCAGCGUCAAUCGGCAGGAAGUGCUGCGCGGCACCAGGCUAGCGAUGGGCGCUUCCGAGCGGCUGUCGACGCCACAGAUGAGUGCUGUGCGCAACACGCUGCUGCCCCCCAUCGGCUCGCCGGACCCCCACGAGAGCCAGCUCACAGUGCCGGGAGCGCGCGCUUCACAGACCAAGGGCCGUCUGAGCAUUAGCCGCGUGUCGAGCGCCGUCACGGACGACACGAGCCGCCGUCCGGUCCGGGACCGGCCCUCGCUCGUGCUGGAGCAUCCAUCGCGGCCCAACACCACGCACACCUUCCGGUCAGACAUGCAGCUACGGAGGUCGCUGACACCCAUGGAGUACAAUAACGCCACACGCACUGGAAGAGCCUCCCUCGGAUCAGACUCGCUGAAGAUCCGCGUGACCGGGAUCGGGCUGAGCAGCGCCGGGUACCAGCUGGACCCGUUCUCACUGCACGCACUCGGCCACUCGCCUCUGGAGGACGAUGAGGACCACCCCCCCGCGUACCACCCGAGCUGGGGUGCUGAAUCCCACUUGCAUCACAAGCCACAGAGUCGCAGCAGCAAUGGCAAGAAGCGUUUCCCCAUGGCGCUAUAGCUCAUGGGAUGCAGAGGAUGGUUGGGCAGCUUUUUCGUCACCCUCACUGCAGCCCGCGUCGGUGUCAGCGCAGCGCUGGCCAGGCGGGCGAGCCUCCGGUUAUGCUGGACCACGCUCUGCCGGCCAGACACAGCGCACCUCGACACCCGUCUCCAGCUCGCCGUGGAGGAACUACGGCGUCUCCAAUGCUGCGUGAGAGCGCCAUGCUGCUGCGUAGGUUUUUUCGCGGUUGCGCUCUAUAGCUCUCCGAUGUCGUUUUCAUGUCGUUCGGAACGAUGUCCGACGUUUCGCUCCAUGUGCCGGGAGACACUUGGGGAACUGAAAAAGCCGUGGUCGCUCGUAACCAAAUAAUCUUUCUUGGCGCGCGGAGCGAAACGUCGGACAUGAAGCCGAACGACACGCGCGGGUACAACCCGAAAAGCCAUCGGAGCGAUUGACCGGGAGCUGCAUCGUGCGUUUGCCACCAGCGAGAUGCGCGUCCCGUAAACGCAUAUGUCCGGGUACCUUCAAUGCAAUUCUCUACUCGUUUAAUUUGUGCGCACAAGAAUUCUGCAGAGACCACAUCCGUGUGGGCUCCCUGCAAUCGGAGUCGACGUAAGUUGACAUCACGGUUGUGUUCGUGAGAUGGGGGCCUUUUGGCCAAAGUGCAGGGAUCAGUCAUGCGCAACUAAGCAUGGUGAGGCUUGAUAUACCCGCUCAAGAGUGCUCUCUCUUGAGACCGGCAGUGUCAGCGUUUUGGCUUCGCUACCCCAAUGCGUGGGCGAGUGGCUCUCUGAAAUGUCAACAAAGUCACCCGCUGUCGUGAGGUUUCGAGUAUUUAUCUUUUUAAAAUCCCGUCUCCUGUUCGCAGUAUCCUCUCUGCAAACGUAUUUUAUUUUCAACACUGUUUUCAAUCGCAAAAGUACAUUUCCUGCUUUAUUAACCAAAGCAGUGAAAUAGCAAACUCAAGAUUCGUAUAAAAUCUCUAAAUAUGACCAUCACAUCCAGUGUAUGACGCACAUAACAGUAACCUAAACAAUUACCCCCAGUACGAUACACAUGUGGGUGCCAUACAUUAUUUUAUUUUAUCAGAAAUGGGAAAACAUUUAUGUGUGUUAUACACAGGAGCGUAUUAUACGCAGCCAACUUAACAGUGUGGAGCUAUUGCUUUUAAUAUUCAGCACAGGAACUUAUUCGUUAUUACUGUCAUAUAUUAUAUUUUUUAACGUCUUUGUCAGAUGAGACCAUAAACUGUAAUUGUUUUUACUCAGGGACAACUUCAGCACAGGAAAUUGGUCCACGUAGGGUACCCGAAUAAGCCUUGCAUCACUUCGGUGCUAUCACAGCUCUGUGUAGGAUUGGACUGUAUAGCCCAAGGAGGUUGCAAACAAUAUUAUUGCCACGUGUUUGAAAAUGUAGGCGCAAUUUAAAAAUGCGGAAUGAGCAGAUGACCGGAGGGUCCGGAUUCACGAUACAGCAUUCUAGCAUAGCGCUUGACUUUCAGGGUUCAGGAGUCUGUGUGCAUUGAUGGAGCAGCAAUGUUUGAAACUGUCAGUGCUUGCAUUGGCUAUGAGGCUCAUUCAAGAAAUCUGUGCAUUGAUGUACGUAGCUGUACUGCUGGGGCGAUAAAUACAGCAUGAAUUUAAAAUCUGAGACACGGUUGCAUGAAGACGCUUUACAUAUCCAAAUCGUAUUGUUGUGAGGUACAAAUUCGCGUAAUUGCUGACGGUUUAGAUUCCUCCCCCUCGACGUGUCGUCACAGUCCAACUCGUAUGAUUUAUUGAGCGUCUCCUCCCUUGUUGUUUGUGGUAAGCUUCAUGGUUCAGGGCAUCAUUCCGCGUUUUCCUUCUUUGUCUCAGGGCUGAGAAUAUUUCAGGGCAGUCGACCGAUCGCAUAUUUACCCCCCCUCACCAAGACCGGAGCACUAGCAGGUGCUGUCCGUUAUAAACCGUGCACGCCGGUGCACUUUGUAACGAGGGUUGCUGCGAUAUCAUUUUUGAGGGUCCGAUAGGAAACAAUAUUCAAUCUCACGAUAUGACGAUUGUUGCGAUAUCGGUUUCCCCAUUCCAUUUGUAAUUCACUUUUGUACUGUUUAUGUCCUUUGCUGAAUUUACGGUCCGAAUAAAGAUGACUUAAUAGUUCAACUGCAGUUUGCUCAACAUGAGCCUGUAAAUAAAUGUUAGAGUUAUUGCAGCUUUGCAGUAUGUAUGCUUAUAAUGUACAUGCUGUUAGUUAUAACAGAAAUACAUGUGUAAUUGUAUCAACUCCAAAAAUCGAGGUCAUAUAAUCACCAUGUCCUCAGUUACUCUGGAAACAUUUAGCAAACCUCAAGUUUUUUUUUUAAAUGGGUCAUAGCUAUUCAUUUAGAAAUUUAUUUUUUUCAGCUGUUUUGUUAUUUCAGAGAAAACGAUUGCAAUAAAAGUAAAAUAUAUUAUAAAAUAAAAUUAACAAUAGCACGGUAUUUUUUAGAACGUGUGAUGCGAUUAUCGUGACCCAUAUAGUAUCGCCAUAUCGUCGCAAGCCUACUUUUUUUACACAAAGCAGCUGUUACCACUUCCAAAAUAGUCGGAUUAAACCGGUGGCUAGCAUCUGGUAGCGCAUUGUUUCCUAACCUUGGGGUUGAAGAUCCCGUACACCCCAUUUAUUGCGGUCAGCAGGAUUGUAUAGUCCUCAAUAUAUGACUAACAGAACAGUUUUACGACUUCUAGAUUUAAAGCUUUCGUGACUGCUAGGAUCCAUACUCUUUGGUUCUAAAAUAAAAUAACACUCCAGCGCUGUCCUCCAGACAGUCUCGUUCCUUCACCUGAUGAAGGCCGCUUGUGUUGUGGCCGAAACGUCGUGAUUUUUUGUUAUUUUAUUUUCACCUACGUGACUUUACCCAAUAGAACCAAAGAGUAUGUGUUUACGACUUAUUUCAACGAAUGAAACCAGAGCCCUAUCAACGUGAAACGUUGGGCCAAUAUUUGUUCAAACGAUUCCAAGCACAGGGCAAAUGCUGGACCCAACCUCUGCACCUUUUACUGGGCGAGUGGUUUCUCAUCCUGCGCUUCGUCCGUGGCUUCGUGUUCAACGACUGCGUGCAUCGCGCGAACGGCCGCCGUGUUGUGGAGUGCGGGGAGCAACUCUGUCGUUUAACCCCUGGUUGGGUCAAUGGGGUUGUACAUAAAUGUUUUAUUUUAAGUGGCACGUGUGGUGUGUGCCCCAUCUCAGGUGUAGAUUUUGACUCAUAAUUGACUCGCCAGUCUCCUGUUUGAACACUGUCCGUUAAAACUGUCUGUGUCAACCCGCGCACAGCUUUCACAUUUGAAAGCAAAAUGUUUAGUGUCCCGAGAGUCACAUUUUAUAGCAGAUUCUUUAUUCGUGUACGGGAGACUUGGGCACGUUAUUGUACAAUGGUGUAUAUGAAUCUUCUUGCACAUACGUACGCGAGUGUGCCUGUUUAUGUGUAUGGGAAACGGUGGUACACAGGUUAGCGCACUGUCCCACAAAUAUAACCCCCUAAGUUUUAAUUCCUGUCCACGGCUGACAUCAAUGGACAGUGAUAUCUGAGCUGAUCCAGGGCCUCCCCGAGGUCAACGCCACCUUAGAUGAUUAGCUGGCGCAGUGUGUAAACAUCAGCAUUGGGAAAACAAAGGUGGAUAGGCAUGGUACUGGCCACACCAUUCCUUUGUACGCCGAUCUUUAUAGAUGCUCACCAACAGCACUUACCCCAACAGUCUAUACGAGGGAAACUAUGUCUAUGUGUGAGUGUAUGUAUGAAUGUGUCGUGCCUGAUGAAAGAUGGUAUGUUGGUUAGAACACUGCCCCAUGGGCCCAGCUACCCAGGUUCAGUUGGGAAGUUCUGUUCAUAACAGGAAAUGUGGUUUCUCUGCCUAGCAAGAGAUACCCGAGGUCAUCUUCGCCUGUUUUUAGUACCUGGCACAUCAAACAAAUCCAGUGCUGCGUUGGGGCCGUGCUUUUACCAUCAACAUUUUUUUACUGGCCAAAAUAGGUGCUCGCUAACAGCACUUGCCAGUCAAACCAGGUGCACGAGGGGGGUUUUUGUUUGUACCUGAUCAUGUUUAUUUUGAAGUUGCCAAAGAUAUGUUGUAAUGUCACGUAAAACAAAAUGUUAUGAAAUUCAGGACCGGAAUUUAACAUUGUUUCAUAUCUUUUGAUUGUUGCCAUAUUUACUGAGGCAUGCAGUGAUGCGUCGAUUUAGAAGUUAAAAACGAUGCUUGCGCGCUCUUGCGUGUGAGAAACGAUUUGUGUUUGGUUGACUCGUCUUGUACGUCACGAGUUCACGUCAUCCCCUGCAUCCGUUCGAGACACUUGGUGCACCAAAAUUUCAUGACACCACAAUAUAUAUAAAAAAGAACAUUAUUGAAUCGUAAACAUUUUCAAAUUUCGAGUGGUACGCGUAUUGAACCUCCGUUAAAAGUGUCUUAUUGUUAUGUUGAACCACCGAAGAAAAGAUGCAAUUCUACUCUCAACAACAGGAAUGCUUCAUGUCUUGAAUUUUGUAAUAAAUAAAUGUUGGCUUUAUUGGGUCAAUUUCA